AGGUUAUCAUCGUGGGAGCUGGAAUCGCUGGUCUUGCUGCCGGAAUUGGUCUCCGCCGCAAGGGCCACGACGUCAAGGUGCGCGGCUAUUUCAUAACUCAGACACUGCUGGGGAUAACGCUUGACAGAUAUUCGAACGCUCGAGUUUGCUCCGCGAGGUUGGAGCAGCCAUAAAUGUCUGCCCUAAUGCAUCCCUGGUCCUUGCGCAGUGGGAUUUCGAUGUGGAGAGAGCGCGCAUGGUAGAGGCACGCCGGCAUAUGUUCAUCUCAGGCACCUCACUCGACACUCUAGCCGGAGUGCAUUAUCCCGACUUUACUGAAUUGUACGGUGGUCCGUGGCUUCUGGCGCAUCGAGUCGACCUGCAUUCGGAGCUGCGACGCGUGGCGACUGAUCCUAAAGGACUGGGGAAGCCUGUGGAUAUUAUCCUCCGAGCAGAGGUUGUUGACUACGAUAGCGAGAACGGGUCUAUUACCCUCGCGAAUGGCUUGAUUCAUCAUGCCGAUCUAAUUGUGGCUGCAGACGGUGUACAUUCCUCUGCUCUCCGUCAUGUUACCGGCCAGGAGACUCCUGUCAUGGCUACAGGCUGGGCUGUCUUUCGGUUCUUGUUAACUGUUGAAGAGCUGCGAUCAGAUCCUGAAAUAGCCCCCCUGCUUGAAGACGGUGCUACCAAGAUUGAGGACGGUCUGAUGAAGUUAUUCACCGUCGAGGGACACAUGAGGCGCCUGGUUUGGUAUCCUUGUGCUGAUAACACUAUCCAAAACUUCGUCGCUGUGCACGAAGACAGAGAGACAGGAGACCAUGAACGCGAAGAUUGGCAUCGCUCUGCCAGCCUGGAGGACGUGCUCUCCUACUUUGGCGACUUUCAUCCUGAUGUUAUAAAGAUUAUCAGAAAAGCAACGACCAUCACGCGGUGGCCACUGUUGUACCGCGAUCCUAUUCCCACAUUAAGCAAGGGCCGCUUGCUGCUCAUCGGCGAUGCAGCGCAUCCUAUGCUUCCCCAUCAAGGCCAAGGGGGAGCUCAAGCAAUCGAGGAUGCGGCGGCACUAGGCGAGGUAUUCGCAGAUCUCCAGACCAAUCCGCCCAGAGAUGAAAUACGCAGGAGGCUUGAACUAUUCGAGAAAAUACGCAUUAAGAGAGUCUCGGCAAUGCAAAUUCUGUCACUCGCUGGACAGGAUCAGGCAUUCAGGGUACGUGAACGCGCGCAGCAGUAUAUGCCCGACGGUGUUAGUGUGCCAACAAACCAGCCGGAGUUCUGGGAGCAUAAUUUUGGCUACGAUGUGAUUGAGGAUAGCAAGCGACAGUUGCAGUCUUAUUUGAAAGACAAGUCCAAUGGUGCUUCGUUAUAAGCAUGGAUUUUUGCAGUAUAAAACUGGACUAUGCUUAAUUAAAAGUUCACCUUUGAACAUAACUAUUCAAGACCAUCAUUGUGCCAGAGUCGCAGGCACAUGAACCCUAGAGUAUCAACACACUCGGUCAUCUUAUCAGACGCGAAGUAACUGCGCAGGAAGAUAUAACACGAAGUCACCCGGUACUCGGGGUGAGAUUCCCAGUAGCCCAUGCUAUCAGUAGAUGAAAUAUCCAGCUGCUCGUGCUUGGACAAUGGACGCG